AUGUCUCAUCUAAAUCACCUUAACCUGCGUCUACAAGGCAAGAACCACACUGUUGCUGACAUGUAUGAGGCGAUUGAAGCUUUCCGGUCAAAGCUGCACCUCCUGGAGAGAGACAUUCAUGGGAGAAAGUUGCACUUUCCACGUCUGCGUGAGCAUUGUGAGAAGAAUAAAAUGCAGGAAGAUCCAGCAAUGAAGGAUUUUGUGUCCAGGCUGGCAGAAAACUUCAAGGAAAGAUUUGAAAGCUCCCCUAAACUCUCAGCUGACAUCCUUCUCUUCGUAAGACAGCCGUUUUCUGUGUCAGCUGACGGCCAGUGGACUGCAGAGGCCAAAAAGCUGGUGCCUUCCAUAGAUGAGGCUGCUCUUCAGAUGGAGAGGGGAACAUCUGAUUUGCUCAAAGCUCAACACAAGGAUGCACUGGUGAGUGACUUUUGGAUCAACGUGGUUCCUCAAGCUCGUUUUAAAAACACCAGAGAUAUUGCAAUGCUCCAAUGUGUUUGCUGGACUUUUUGUUUGCUGACUGUUUGCACUGAAUAUGCUCCAGGGGCAUUUCAUAAUUAAAUAGUUGGUUUUGGACAAAUUUAGUAUUUUUCAUUUUUCUCUUAUCUGACUCCUAACACCACUACUAAUAAUUAUAAAAUCACAAUAGAAGUGAAAACUGAUAAAACAUAAAACUGUCAUGUUGGCCCUUGGCUUGGCAUGCCUGACCAAAUGUGGCCCUUUUGGAAAUCUAAUUGGGGAACCCUGGUGUAGGGUUUGAGCAUAGCCUGAAGGUUGAGGGGCAGUUCCCCUUGCUGCUCCAUAGGCAAGCACCAGUGUCUUAAGCCGACGCGAGCUUUCAUUGUAAGUAACAUAAUUUGGGUGAACUAUCCUUGUAAUCACCCUGUUAACACGAGGCAACAAUAUGACAGAGGAGUGUGUAUAAUAAACGUAGAAGUUCAGUGGCUGCGAAAGUAUUCACCCCCUAGGCAUUUUCCCUAUUUUGUUGCCUUAUAACCUUGAAUUAAAAUUGAUUUUUGGGGGGUUUGUAUCAUUUGAUUUACACAACAUGCCUACCACUUUGAAGAUGCAAAAUAUUUUUUCUUGUGAAACAAACAAGAAAUAAGACAAAAAAACUAAACUUGAGUGUGCAUAACUAUUCACCCCCCCAAAGUCAAUAAUUUGUAGAGCCACCUUUUGCAGCAAUUACAGCUGCAAGUCUCUUGGGGUAUGUAUGUAUAAGCUUGGCACAUCUAGUCACUGGGAUUUUUGCCCAUUCUUCAAGGCAAAACUGCUCAAGCUCCUUCAAGUUGGAUGGGUUCUGCUGGUGUACAGCAAUUCUUAAGUCAUACCACAGAUUCUCAAUUGGAUUGAGGUCUGGGCUUUGACUAGGCCAUUCCAAGACAUUUAAAUGUUUCCCCUUAAACAACUCAAGUGUUGCUUUAGCAGUAUGCUUAGGGUCAUUGUCCUGCUGGAAGGUGAACCUCCAUCCCAGUCUCAAAUCUCUGGAGGACUGAAACAGGUUUCCCUCGAGAAUUUCCCUGUAUUUAGCGCUUUCCAUCAUUCCUUCAAUUCUGAACAGUUUCCCAGUCCCUGCCGAAGAAAAACAUCCCCACAGCAUGAUGCUGCCACCACCAUGCUUCACUGUGGGGAUGGUGUUCUCGGGGUGAUGAGAGGUGUUGGGUUUGCGCCAGAUAUCGCGUUUUCCUUGAUGGCCAAAAAGCUCAAUUUUAGUCUCAUCUGACCAGAGUACCUUCUUCCAUAUGUUUGGGGAGUCUCCCACAUGCCUUUUGGCGAACACCAAACGUGUUUGCUUAUUUUUUUCUUUAAGCAAUGGCUUUUUUCUGGCCACUCUUCCGUAAAGCCCAGCUCUAUGGAGUGUACGGCUUAAAGUGGUCCUAUGGACAGAUACUCCAAUCUCCGCUGUGGAGCUUUGCAGCUCCUUCAGGGUUAUCUUUGGUCUCUUUGUUGCAUAUUUGAUUAAUGCCAUCCUUGCCUGGUCUGUGAGUUUUGGUUGGCGGCCCUCUCUUGGCAGGUUUGUUGUGGUGCCAUAUUAUUUCAAUUUUUUUAAUAAUGGAUUUAAUGGUGCUCUGUGGGAUGUUCAAUGUUUCUGAUAUUUUUUUAUAACCCAACCCUGAUCUGUACUUCUCCACAACUUUGUCCCUGACCUGUUUGGAGAGCUCUUUGGUCUUCAUGGUGCCGCUUGCUUGGUGGUGCCCCUUGCUUAGUGGUGUUGCAGACUCUGGGGCCUUUCAGAACAGGUGUAUAUAUACUGAGAUCAUGUGAUAGAUCAUGUGACACUUAGAUUGCACAGGUGGACUUUAUUUAACUAAUUAUGUGACUUCUGAAGGUAAUUUGUUGCACCAGAUCUUAUUUAGGGGCUUCAUAGGAAAGGGGGUGAAUACAUAUGCACAUACCACUUUUCCGUUAUUUAUUUGGUAUACUUUUUUGAAACAAGUUAUUUUUUUCAUUUCACUUCACCAAUUUGGACUAUUUUGUGUAUGUCCAUUACAUGAAAUCCAAAUAAAAAUCAAUUUAAAUUACAGGUUGCAACAAAAUAGGAAAAAUGCCAAGGGUGAUGAAUACUUUUGCAAUGCACUGUAUUCCCAUUAAGAUGCAUUGAGGCCUUGGUAUAUAGAGGGGUGUGUGAAUUGAAGACUUCGUGAGCAGCACAGUGGUGUGAGUGUGACUGAGCGUGAAUCUGCUCUCUAAAUAGUCAGGCUGUCUGACAGAGAAACACACAUCACAACACUAGGUCAAUCCCACUUAAUCCCACUACUCUAAACCCCCUAAUCAGUCCAUAUGCUGCCUACACACACACACACACACACACACACACACACAUGCAUACACGCACAAAAACACACACACUCAUUAUCUCAGCACAGUUCUUUAGCCCCUAAUCCGAAAAGCGAGCCUUUUCAUUAGCAGACCACCAACUACUAGAGGAAUCCCACCCAAGCCACCAAUGCUAACUGGGAAUGCUACAGCUAACGCUAGCCUACCUUUCACUCUUACAGCAACGACAGUCAGGGCCCAAUCCUUUCUCAACUAUUGUUGUGCCUGGGACUUGCAAGCUAUGAUUGUUCCUCCUUGUAUUGAUAUCAAUGGAAUGUUCCAUGCAGGGGCGCAAGUUUGUUUUUAGAAGUUGGGGGAACAUCAUUAUUAUAAUUUGAAAAAAAUUAUCCAGUCGGAUAAACACUUCAAACAGCCUACCCGACCGCUCGGAGGCGUCCGCAUGGUCAAAUCUUUGCCUCAUUUUUUAAAAUCACAUUCUAAUGAUAAAACCGGGGGGGACGAAAAUGCAAUUUCAGAAUGUGGGGGGUACAUGUCCCCCCCGUCCCCAGUGAAAGUUGCACCCCUGGUUCCAUGCAUAAAUAUCAUGUUUGGGUCCCUUAGAUAGCUCAGCUCUGUAAUGUUACAUUGGCUAUGCCCUAAGAAAGCUGGGAGGUCUUCAUCUGUGUUAUCUUCACACCACUACAAACAGUGCAGUCAGAGCUAUUGACUCCAGUCAUGGAGCAAGGUGUGGGGAAAGCGCAAGAUGAAAGUAUACCAGGGUUCCACAACUGGCGGCCCAGGAGUGGCUAUAUUUGGCACCCCCCAAGUUUUCUGAGCAAAAAAGUAUAAAUAUAUAGAUCUUUUUUUGAAUUUUCAUUGUUGGACAUCAAAGACUGUAAAAACACCAGGAAAGUGACUUUAAUUUUGGAAAUCUGUUGCCAACUAUUACCACACAUAAUAGAGAGACACAUGAUCGUAUACAAAUGUAAGCAAGGUUUGAAAUGAUUAUGUUUUAGUGAAAUAUUAUAUCUGUUUGGACAUCUUGCGGUCAAUUUGCAGUCAGCUAAUUAUUUUUGAAUUAUGUUCCGGCCCCCCGACCAUCCGCUCAAGAACAAAAUCGGCCCGCGGCUGAAUCUAGUUGAUGAUCCCUGGACUAAACACACAAACACACACGCAUGCACACACACACACACACACAGUGACACACACACACACAUAUAUGCCUAAUGCUAGUUUCUGGGCCAGUUAAUACACUGAUCCAGUUUAUGAGGAAAGGAAGAGACGGAAGACAAAACAGCGUAAUGACCAGAGCAAGACAAGUCAUCAUCACAGAGGGGUUUUAAAAGGAGAGGAAGAGAGGAGAGGGAAGGAAGGAGUUAAAGUAGAGGUGCACUGAUGGCACUUUGGGGUCUUAAGAAGCCCCCAACUCCCCCUCCCCUAACCACCUGACAGGGAUGUGGCAGUUUCUUUCAUCCUACCCCCCCCCCCCCCCAUCCAUCUCCUCCCUCUCUCCCCCCUCUUUAUUGUCCCAGUGGAGAGCAGCAGCAGCACCCCCCCCCCCCUGUCCCCGUCUCACACACACACUUCAGUCUUGUAUUUAGGAGCCUCUACACCCCCCCACGUCAAACAGUGCUUAAAAAUAUGCUUUUCCACUGAUCUCAACCUCACAUCAAACAUCCCAGAGUAGAGGUGCAGUCUAUCAGAAGUAGCGACUGAAUACUGACUGACGGCAUAACACCCUCCAUAUGGUAGAUUUGAAAAUCACAGUUAGUUAAAACAUGGAUAGCACUCUUAAUGCUUUGCUACCAUUACAUUCAUAAGAAAGUCAAAAGGAUGUUCUGUUGUUCGUCCUCGGUGCCACAUCAACCGAAAGGUAUUAGUAUUGAAACGUAUUAUUAUGGUAACACAUUUAAAUAUCACACCAUUAGCAUUUUAAACCCCAACUAAGAGGCUGCUAGCAAAAAAGACAUGAAGAGGAAAUAUGUGUAUUUUGCCUGUUUCUUGACCGUAGCCUAUGACCACAGUGUUUUGGCUAGAUGACUAGUAGUGUGCCCACAGAGUUUUCAAACACUGAGGCGCAGCAUCGUGAUACUUCCAUGAAUGCGUCGCGAAGCAGACUUGACAUACCAGACCGGGAUUUGGGGUUUGGCAAGUCAAUGGGAGAAGUGAAAAAUGUGUCCUUAGUUGUUCAUUUUCUCAAAUUCUAAAGGCAAACCUAGAUUCAAGCCAAUGUGUUAAGUAGCUGAACCUGUCAUUACUACAUCCUCGUAAAAGUGACAAACUGACACGUUUUCCUUUUUGUCGAAAACAACUUUAUAUCGAAGGAGUGCCUUUCAAUUGACGACCUGCACAUGCGCAGUUUGUCACGAAACGACCAUUAGACCCGAUGGCGUGUUUCUGCUAGCUAAUGUUGCCAUGACAUCGCCUACAAGAGUGAUCGGGGAUUUCAAUUGGAGAAGCAGUUUCUGCAUAUCUUCAUACUGUACUGCCUUUGCUAUGACCGGCUGUGUUUUAUACUAGAGCUGCUUUCUUGGUCAGGGCCCGUAUCCAGAUAGUGUCUUGGAAUAGGAGUGGUGAUCUAGGAUCAGUUUUUCCUUUUAGAUCAUAAUGAAUACAAUUAUAUGGACAGAUCCUAGAUCAGAUCAGCCCUCCUACUCUGAGCUGCUUAGUGGAUAUGGACCCAAGUGUCCCUUGGAAAAGAGGUAUCCAAUGCCCUCAAUGGGAUAUCCUGGUUUAAAUAAAGGCUAAGAAUGCAGCAUAUAGAUGAGAGUAGACUGGGCCAGUGUGGGAUCUCUGAACUGUGAGUGUUCUCACAUUAACAACCACAGAGACCAGGCACUUUCAUUGGCCCUCUAAAGAGCAGAGGGGAGGAGGAGAAGAGCAUUAGAGGCUUUUAGCCCUGAGGUGUGUGUGUGUGUGUGUGUGUGUGGGGGGGGGGGGGGGGGGGGGGGGGGCUUCUUCUAUCCUUGUGGGGACCUAAAAUCCCCAAAAGUCACCACAAGGAUAGAAGAACAAGGAAAAUUCUCCCUCGUGGGACAUUUCCCACAUCCCCAUGAGGACAAAUGCUAUUUUAAACUUAGGUUUAGAAUUAUGGUUAGGGUUAGAAUUAGGGUUAGGGUAAGGGUAAGGGGUUAGGAGUUAGGUUUAGGGUUAGGUUUAAGGUUAGAGGUUUGGAUUUUGAAUGGAAAUUAAUUUUAGGUCCCCACAAGAAUAGAAGAACAUGUGUGUUUGUGUUUCUUUAGACACCCAGUAAACCAGAGCUAGCAGACUGGUGGUGUGGGAGGGAGAAGGUCAGAAGAGCAAACACAAACAUUAUCCAUCUACAGGGGGAGAGCAGGGCCUAAAUUACACACACACACAUUCACACACACACACACAAAGACCUCCCACAAGGCUCAUCUCAUGACAAGGGGUCAAAGGGUGAGUCCAGAUAACAAUGUUUGGGCAGGGCUUUGAUGGGACCCCAAAACCCCUCCACACACACAUGCGUAUGCAUGCACGUACGCACACACCAGUCCCUCUGCUGUCCUGUCGGCUCAGUGGACACAAAAGGCCUCUUCCAGGGGUCAGGGGUAAAAGGUCAAGGGUCAGGAAGAUAGCCAGGGGUUGUUCUCUCAGGACUGGCCCACAUACCACCAACCCAUUCUCCUCAGGCCUCUAACCUCUAACCCCUGCACGCUCGCUCACACUCACACACUCACACACACACACAGUCCUAACCUCUCACCACUGCACUCUCACUAAAGGACCACAUUACAGGCACAGCCAGAUGCAUUCAGAGCUGCUCCCUCUCAAAAAAGCCUGAACUAGAAGAUGUUUGUUCUUUGAGAGUGUGUGUGUUUCUUUGUGUGUGUGUAUUGGUACGUGUGUGUGUAUGUGUGUGUGUGUUUCUUUGUGUAUGUGUGUGUGUGUUUCUUUGUGUGUGUGCAUGUGUUUCUUUGUGUGUUUGUGUGUGUGUGCACGCGCGUGUGUUUUCUUUGGUUGAGAGAGAGGUGUCAGCAGUGUGAAUGGUGAAUGUGGCAGCAGACAGUUCUUUGAAAUGGAGCUGAAUGAUCUGAAGCCAACCCCUCAGUGAGAUGGGAUUGGGAGUCCAGUUUAGCAGAUGCUACAACUUUACUGAUCAAUGACUGUAAAUAAACACUGUCUUUCACCGUCUCCCCAAUAGCUACUUGGAUCAAUGUGCCCAACCAGGGACACAAGCUGCCCAGGGGGGAUAUGGAUAUGUAAUAGGGAAUAUAAGACAAGGAAUAUGGGAUAGAGAGCUGGAACACUAGAUUCUGUUCCCGGGAAAAACUCUGAGGCAACUCUCUCUGAGCUACCUGUUGCGUUUUUAUAUCUUGAAAAAAGAUCAAACAGUAAUGAUACUUACUAUGUAAUUACCAUGUAAUGGAAUCUUUGCUACAGCUCAUUAGUCCUAGACCGGUACAUUGCUUCCUUGCUCUCUCUGUCUGUCUGUCUGUCUGUCUGUCUGUCUGUCUGUCUGUCUGUCUGUCUGUCUGUCUGUCUGUCUGUCUGUCUGUCUGUCUGUCUGUCUGUCUGUCUGUCUGUCUGUCUGUCUGUCUGUCUGUCUGUCUGUCUGUCUGUCUGUCUGUCUGUAUGUCUGUCUGUCUGUCUGUCUCUAUCUCUCUCUCUCUCUCUCUGUCUCUCCUUUCUUACUCUCUUUUCACUGCCUCUUCUCUCCCCGUCCUCUACCUUCCCUUUCCUACCAUCUUGCCCCCUCCCUCCUCUUUCCUACUCUCUCUCGCUCCCUUCCCCCGAUCAGUGUUUGUAAUCUCACUCUAGUGUAAAUAGGACUAGUUGCGCCUCAGUAUCACACAUAUAGUAGGCCUGCAAAAUACAUAAUAACUCCUGGACUAUUACAAUUCUACCACUAUCUCACAAUAGCUCUGUCUCAACUACACUCUUAAAAUUAGUGGUGACUCAAGGAACCCUGGAGUUCCUCAAGGUUCAUAUUUGCACCUUCAGUUAGUUGAGGGGUUCAUGGAGGAACCUUUAAUGGUUCAAUGUAGCAACAGGUUCCUGGAGGAACCCUGGAGUGGAGGCGUGGCUUUGUAGGGGUGUAGUUUUAAGAUUGAUUUUGUUUUCGCCACCCGUUAGAGUAAAUGUCAUUCCUGUUCAUAUGUUCUGUUGUAUUGUCAUUACAUGUUAAGGUUGAACACGGACAGUUUUGUAGCUUCAGUGAGGCUAACAGAGGUGUAUGAGUUCCUCAAGAGCCUAUGUAAAUCCCAAAGUUGGAAUAGUUACCGCUUUAGGUCACACUUUAUUUGGAUAGUCUGGAUUGUCCAUCUGUAGAUGCUCUACCGAUGGUCAUACUAUCAACAAACUAUCUGUUGAUAAGCAACUGUUUGCUAAGGUUAGGGUUAGGUUUAGAAUAAGGGUUAGGGUUAGGGUAAAGGUAAGGGUUAAGUUUAGGGUUAGGAUAAGGGUUAGAGCUAGGGUUAGUAGAUAAUUGAAAUGUUACUGAUAGUCUGUAGAGCAUCUACAGAUGGACUAUCCAAAUAAAGUGUUCCCACUUCAUUACUAUAUGUCAUCAGAAAUGUUAAUAUUAUUAAUAUUAUAUUAGACUAUGUACAAUGCUAUAAAUAUUCAAGGACAUUUUUUAUUUGCAGUGUACAAACUUAACAUGAACCGGAAUGACAUUUACACUAACGGUGUCCAAAAAUGACUAUCUGAAAGCCAUGCCUCCAAUAAGAUACGGCUCCAAUCUGAUAGGCUAUGCAAUAUCUUAUUAAAAAGGUUAAAAAUGUAACUCCUCCCAUCACAAAAAGGUUCCGGUUUGAACCUUUACACAGGGGUUCCCCGAAGACCCUUUUCAGAGGGGUUCCUCAAGGAACAAUUUUUAACUAGAAAUGUUCCGCUGGUGUGGCAACCUGAAAGGUUCUUCCAGGCACCUUUACUUCUAAGAGUGUAGGCUGUCUGCGACACAGCCCAGAGUAAAGUGAGGUUUAAAAAAUCCUUGUGAUCCACCAAAUAGACAAAACCAUCUAACACAACCCUGUCUUUACCAGGAUACGAGAGGGUAGCCAUAACCCACCAGAACAGUAUGUCCACUCCAGGAUCUCCAUUUUGGAAUGACCGAUAAAUACCAACAACAAACACAAGAACAAACACUGAUGAUGCGCUGAUCUAUCUUCUAGCACAGAAAUAUGACUUGUUAAGCCUCUCAAGAAUGAUUCAAGCAUCCUACUUUCUUUGGCACCUAAUAUUCUCCUGUAACUGGAUGGUUCCCUUCCUAGCAUGAUGAAAACAGACCUCAUCUCCCUGUUACUGUAGUGAUUCUAUUUUUGGAAGCAACAGCUCUGUCCAUAGCAGUAUGAUAGAGAUACAAGACUCUGGCCUUGAGAAUAGUCUAGGAGAUAAACAAGAAGCUUGUGUUGUCUACACCCCCCCCCAUCAGAGAUGCAUUUCACUCAUUUCUGCUUACUACUUAACUUAGAAUACUUACUAAAUCUUAGUUACUAUUCAAAUAAGGGAUCUACAUGUAAGGCACAGAUAUUCAACUGCUGAUAAUUGUGGUGACUGACAAUUGUAGCCUACAAUUCUAAAAACAGCUCUGAGUUUUAAACAUGACAAAAACAAAAUCUGUGCUUCAAAGAAGAUAUGUCGCCUAUAGGAGUGUCAAUAUAGGCUAUACUUCUGUAAAUCUCUCAAAUUAUAAUAUCUAUUGAAAAUGUUGUGUAUGCUAGUAGUGCGUCUUGUUAUAAUUCCUACAUAUAAUUGAAAUGGACUGGUAAAUGCAAUAGCAGUCCCGUCAGAUCUCACCAAUUGUUUACUUGGCGGAUCUUCAGAGCGAAAGUCGUGUUAUAUUGUCCCAAUACUUGUUGUUACAACAAUGUAACAACAGCACCACAAUACGCUAUUUCUGCAGAUCAGACAACGACCACGCAACAAGCUGUGUCCGAAAGGUCCCACUCCGUCCAGAAUAUUGGCAGCAAAAAAAACGGGUGGCAUUUCUAACGCGAAUCGACGUGUUCAACAGACACACUAAUAAAAUAUCAAGUCAACUUACCUGUGAAUCAAACUGAUAAUGCGGGUAAAAAUACAAUAGCAACUUGUUGCGAUAGCAUUAAAUUAUUAGGUCCAUAUAUCCGCGAGUAGCCGUGCGCUCGGCGUUCAUCUGUUCAGCACGGCGGUCAUCUGGUCAGUAAACCAAGGCAAGAGAAAUCUGUCCAGCGAGAUAGGCUACGAGGGAAACUGAGUGACACGCGUGUCAUCCCCUGAUCCCCUGAAGGAAAUGUUCCUCCCCCUUUCACACUGACAGUGGUAUCUUCCAAGACAGGAGACCUUGGUAAUAUGGACUAAACCACUUUGAAUCGAGUAAGAUUUUUUGAAGGCAAGAUUUCAGUCUAAUACUUGCACAAAACAAUUCACGGAAAUAGUCUACUACGAACUCGACGCAUGCACCAUAUCCUAAUUUACAUUAUAAACUGGGUGGUUCGAGCCCUGAAUGCUGAUUGGCUGACAGCCAUGGUAUAUCAGACUGUAUACCACAGGGUAUGACAAAACAUUUAUUUGUACUGCUCUAAUUACAUUGGUAACCAGUUUAUAAUAGCAAUAAGACACCUCAGGGUUUGUGGUAUAUUGCCAAUAUACCACGGCUAAGGGCUGUGUCCAGGAACUCAGCGCUGCAUCGUGCAUAUGAACAGUCCUUAUCAAAUCAAAUCAAAUCAAAUGUUAUUGGUCACAUGCGCCGAAUACAACAGGUGCAGACAUUACAGUGAAAUGCUUACUUACAGCUCUUAACCAACAGUGCAUUUAUUUUAAACAAAAAAAAAAUAUAUAUAAAAAAUAAAACAACAAAUAAAAAUAAAACAACAACAAAAAAAAGUGUUGAGAAAAAAAAGAGCAGAAGUAAAAUAAAGUGACAGUAGGGAGGCUAUUUAUACAUUUACAUUUACAUUUAAGUCAUUUAGCAGACGCUCUUAUCCAGAGCGACUUACAGUUAGUGAAUACAAUAAUGUAUUUAUUUUAUUUUAUUUUAUUAUUUUUUAAAUACUGGCCCCCCGUGGGAAUCGAACCCACAACCCUGGCGUUGCAAACGCCAUGCUCUAUCAACUGAGCUACAUCCCUGCCGGCCAUUCCCUCCCCUACCCUGGACGACGCUGGGCCAAUUGUGCGCCGCCCAUGAGUCUCCCGGUCGCGGCCGGCUGCGACAGAGCCUGGAUUCGAACCAGGAUCUCUAGUGGCACAGUUUGCACUGCGAUGCAGUGCCUUUAUACAGGGGGGUACCGUUGCAGAGUCAAUGUGCGGGGGCACCGGCUAGUUGAGGUAGUUGAGGUAAUAUGUACAUGUGGGUAGAGUUAAAGUGACUAUGCAUAAAUACUUAACAGAGUAGCAGCAGCGUAAAAAAGGAUGGGGGUGGGGGGGCAGUGCAAAUAGUCCGGGUAGCCAUGAUUAGCUGUUCAGGAGUCUUAUGGCUUGGGGGUAGAAGCUGUGGUAUAGCUGUGGUAUAUUGGCCAUAUACCACACCCCCUCGGGCAUUAUUGCUUAAAUAUAUAUUCUACAUAUAUACCUAUGUUAUAUGUUAUGUGCUUGUUGACCAACCUAUAUUUUAUUUGUAGAUAUUCAAUAAGAAGCUAAUUAUAGGCUACAUUCUGGUAAAUUAUGAGGUAGGCUAACCUAUGCAAUAGCCUAGCCCAUGUUACCGCCAUAGUCAGAGGUGAAGGGUAGAUGCCAAAAAUAACAUAACCAUAAAAAUGCUUAGGCUACCUUGAUGAAAAAAAAAUAGUAUUCGAAGUCGUCCUCUCACUCCCCAGUUGGAAGUGAUAGUUGGUAUUUUCUCUAUGUGAUGCGCUGCCGCCAUCUCCUGGAUGUCCGUCAGAACUACAGCACCGCCUUAUACAGGUAGGCCCACAUAGGCUUUAAUAGCACAUGACAUGUGCGUUCUGCAAUCGAAUAUCACUGUUUCUAUUCAAAAAGGCCAAUUAAAUAAAACAGCAAGAUGAAAUGUUUUGAAUCUCGAUCAAACUGUGUUUGCGCUGUUUUUUCAACAUUUUCAUUUUAAACAGUCGAUGGUCCAAUGCAGCCAUUUCUAUCUCAAUAGAUAGAAAUGGGGGGCCAGUAUGAAAAAUACAAAAAUAAUGUAUGCACUCACUAACUGUAAGUCGCUCUGGAUAAGAGCUUCUGCUAAAUGACUAAAAUGUCAAAUGUAAAUGUAAUAUCAAAUCAUUUCUGGGCAACAAUUAAGUACCUUACUGUGAUUGUAAUAAAUUAAAAUGGUCAAAAAUAAACAAAAAUAGCUUCUUAGCUAAAUGCAAUUUCUCUAGCAAGAAUGUUGCUAAGACUCUCACGGAGUGGUAUGAGAGAGGGGCCUAAUUGGAGGAGCCUAAUGGGAGGAGGGAAAACUCUCUUUGUUAUUGGUCUAUUAACAUAUUAAAAACAAAAAACUACUUUUUAAGCGAGAAGUAGACAUUGGAAAAUUAAUGAGCACCACAAGGCCUACUCCACCCAUGCUCUACCAAGGUUUUCUAGCACACGGCUUUGACCUACUAGAGUAGCUAUGUUGGUCUAUUGUACUUCAAACAAUGUGUAUGCCGGUUGCUUAGGAUUCAAACCUUCUCAAACAGCCUAACCAGCUUUCAUGGAUAUUUUUAAUAAAUCCAAUUUGUCAUAUGAAUAAAGACUAGCUAAUGUGUCAAAAUUCAGCAUUUUGACAUUUCCCUCUGUGCACCCUCUGUGACUUCUCUGAAGAUUUUAACCAACCUAACCCCAAAAUGUCUCCAUGUUUUCACCAUCAUUGUAAAGACCUAGUUAUGCUGUUGCUUUGACAAAGUACUAUCUGAAGAUUAUUAUUUAUUUCAUGUGAUUGGUGAUUAAUUUUAAGGAAAAAACAACAACCUGUCCCUCAUUUUAAGGUCAACCCUUUUACGUGAACUAAACUCUCAUUUUCAUAUGGUGAAACUGUUCCUUUUUUCCCCAAAAAUAAACAUUUAACAACUAAUAGUCAAAUCUAAAUGUAAAAGCAGGUGAGCUGGUUCUACUCUUUUUGGCAAUGUUCUGGUGUUUUGUGGUGGAAAACUGAGUGGGUCGAGCAUAACACGUCAACCCUCUUACCCAUAGAUAGAUAGGCUAGAAAUGUUUGAACAUAAAAAAAAAAUGUGUGAAGAUUGUGUAGGACAUGGGGAUGUGUUAAACGUACUCCUCAGCCUGAAGUGUCCCCACUUGUGCCAGCGAAUAGCUAGCUUUUCACAUGGCGCCGACUGCUAAGAUGCUUCAGGAGGGCUGUCAUAUGUGAUAGCAAGGCAGAGGUCCAGAGUUUGCGCUAGGUAUUGGCCGAAUCGGGAGGAAGUUGUACUUGCUAAGCAAGCAGUGUGACACCCUUCACACUUGCAUUCAAUUGCCACUCCCUGUUGCACACAACAAGCUUUCUAUGGAAAGAUUAGACUUUCAGGAACACGAUGCUGCUCUCCGUUUUGCUUGGAACUCCUCUGAAGUCGGUACAGCAUAUCUGCCAACUUCUGUCUGUAGCGUCCGAACAGUUUGGGCCACACACUAAUAUGAUGGGGAGCGUCGCUGCACAGCUAUUUGCAGGUCUCUCCAGAGAUGUUCGAUCGUGUUCAAGUCCGGGCUCUGGCUGGGCCACUCAAGGACAUUCAGAGACUUGUCCCGAAGCCACUCCUGUAUUGUCUUGGCUGUGUGCUUAGGGUCGUUAUCCUGUUGGAAGGUGAACCUUCGCCCCAGUCUGAGGUCCUGACCACUCUGGAGCAGAUUUUUAUCAAGGAUCUCUCUGUACUUUGCUCCGUUCAUCUUUCCCUCGAUCGUGACUAGUCUCCCUGCUGCUGAAAAACAUCCCCACAGCAUGAUGCUGCCACCACCAUGCUUCACCGUAGGGAUCGUGACAGGUUUCCUCCAGACGUGACGCUUGGCAUUCAGGCCAAAGAGUUCAAUCUUGGUUUCAUCAGACCAGACAAUCUUGUUUCUCAUGGUCUGAGAGUCUUUAGGUGCCUUUUGGCAAACUCCAAGUGGGCUGUCAUGUGCCUUUUAUUGAGGAGUGGCUUCCGUCUGGCCACUCUACCAUAAAAGCCUGAUUGGUGGAGAGCUGCAGAGAUGGUUGUCCUUCUGGAAGGUUCUCCCAUCUCCACAGAGGAACUCUGGAGCUCUGUCAGAGUGACCAUCGGGUUCUUGGUCACCUCCCUGACCAAGGCCCUUCUCCCCUGAUUGCUCAGUUUGGCCUGGUGGCCAUCUUAUUUAAUUCGGCUAACUUUCUAUUAAAAUGUAUUGUAGUGAGAUAAUUUCUUUCUUUCGGGAAUAUGAAUACAGAGUAUGUCCACUUCACCAUCGGACCAUUUUAUUGGUAAACUACAUGGUAAUGUAUGUUGCAAGUUCGCUAGCAACAGCUCAAGUCAAGACAGAUAGAAAGGGAGGCAGACAGGCGGAGUAGAGGGUUGAAUGUGAUCAAAAGAACCCACAUUUUCAUCAGGAUAUUUUCUGCUGUUUUUAUUUGUCUGCUAUUUUACUUAGUUGACAUGGAAAUUAUAGGCCUACUGCUGCAUUGGCCUGUAGGCCAUCUCUGAGUUCUAUAUAAACCCUAUUCAGAUGGGAUUCGUUUUACUGGGGGAGGUCGGGCACAAAACACAACGUCUUGUCAAUUUAGUCCCGUUCGAAUCGUUUAGAGAGAAAUGUCGGAGUUUGAAAGAUGCUGCUCGCGGUUUGAGCAUGAAAACAAUAACUGAUUCAAUAAAUUGAAGGAAGUGCUGCCCAUAGCCUAUAUAUGAAGGGCCUACAUGUAUACACUUUUACAGUGAAUGCUUUUGUUUAUAUGUUAUGUGCGAAGGAAUUGAACAUCGCCAAAUGCAUCAUGAUAAAAUAUUUCGCCUAUUUAAUGCAACCUUUGCUGUUAAUAGAUCGCAAAGCAGCAUACAGUACAACUGAGCUAAACGUUUUGAAAUGACAAGUUCACUUUCUCAUUCAUAGCCUAAAAACGCAUAUCAAGUGCAAGUGCGCUGUUUAGCUCACAUCUCAAGGCUGGGGGCAUUUAGGAUGUCUUUACUGCGAAUCGCUAAAAUAUCCUAAUGAUUAUGAUCACACUUCCUCAUUUCAAAUAUUAUGAAGACACUAUACCAAAGAUGGUUUGGUAUAGUUUAGAGAAAGUCGAGUUAUCAGUGUAGCCUGUUGUCGCCCGGACAAAAAUAAAUAAAGAAUUAGAGGGGGCAGUUUGGAAAAAACUAAUCCCGUCAGAAUCGUCUUCUGGAAUAACGGACAUUCUUGGGCAAUAAAUACAUAACCAACGUUCUCUAGCAAUACUAGUCCCAUGCGAAUAGGGUUCAAGCGCUCAUUUCUUUAGCCGCCAAUGGACCACAGUGUUUCAAUGUGUCCAUAUGGCAGAGGCUCGUUCCCUCGCCUAAGUUUAAUUUUAACUUUUAGAUUUUUACGUUUUAAAUAAAAAAAUGUAUUAUUAACCACAUGACAAUAAUUUUGAGAAACGAAAACGUUAUUAUUGAAAUGAAACUGUUCCACGAAAAUGGGCAUAUAAAAAUAAUAAUAACUGUCACGCAGAUCGGUAGAAAUGGUAGGAUAAAUUGUAAGCUUCCCAAACUUGAAACUCACGAGCUGCAUAUGAUCUUUACUAUAACGCCCAUAAAAAUAGUGUGAACUUGCAAGCGCGUGCACACAGGAGGUCCCGUGAAAAAACGUGCCCGCCUAUGGAAAUCAAAGGCCAGUCUAACGGAUUCGUUCUGGCGCCGGCCCUGGUUUACUUUAGAUAUUGGUUUUAGCGCACAAACCAUUUGUUUGUUGCGCCGUGUAUAUUUAGGCUACUAUUUCUUAUCAUGCCUGUUGUCAUUAAAUGGUACCAAUACAAAGUGCACAUGUUUUGAUAAUUAGUUUGCCCUUUCUACAUUAAGACAUUUUCUUCUUUGCUCUGGUAGGGGGUGUGUCAACCAGAGCAGCGUUCGGGGGAGCGCCAAUUAUCCUGUGUGUUUGAGUGAUGCAAUGUUGCUAAAUUCCAAGGAGGAGAGAAAUGCGUACCCGGUAUAUUGCUGCUUAAUGCAGGGUUCUACACUAAUAAUUGCAGUGUGUAUGCAUUUAGGAAUAUAUUGAUAUGUGCCUUUAUAUAUUGUAUGCCUUUAUUUAUGACCAUUCAUUUCUGAUUGGUUAAUAAUGGUAUCUUCCAAAGUGAGGGCUUGAGGGAAAGGUAUUUAACCUCUGUCACUCUUGUUGUGGCCAGACCGAGUCUUUCUCUUCCGCCACAACCGUGACCUAUCUAAGCAAUAAGAAAUGGAUUUUAAAAAACGGAGCUUUCCUACCAAGAUCAAGUUACUACUAAUGGCCAGACAGGAGACAGGGCAAGGUUGGCAUGCUGCCAUUCACAGGCAUGAUUGAGGAUUGGAUAUUUUGAACUCUACUAUUAUUUGAUUUAUUCUCAGUUAUCACCAGUUUAUGUUACUUGUCCAUUCAACGUCCUGUUAUUUUUGUUGUACAUAUUUUAUACAUAGUAUACAGUUUUAUUUUCACCUGUAAAUAAACACCCUCAUCUUGAGUUUUACACCACUACCAUCUUGUCUCCUUCAUUCUUGUAAUUUAGCAGACACUCUUAUCCAGAGCGAUUUACAGGAACAAUUAGGGUUAAGGGCCUUGCUCAAGGGCACAUCGAAAUAUUUUUCACCUAGUUGGCUCAGGGAUUUGAACCAACAACCUUUCGCUCCUAACCGCUAGGCUACCUGCCUAGACCCAUUACCCAGUCCAUAGACUCAUAAAGGCCUCUGUGGAUUAUUAGAGAUUAAAGGACCGAGUUUGGGAAACCCUGACUGAGACAGUUUUAGCAAAAAUCUUGCAUGAUACAUUUAGUUUUGCUAAACAGCUGUUUUUGAUUAUUUUUGACAAUUUAAAUGGAAAACUAUUACAGUAAGGUACUUAAGUGUUACUCAGAAAUGAUUUGAUAUUAAGAUGAAAAUGGCUUUAUGUGGAGGGAACAGUGGAGCGGGGUUUGAACCAGGAUCCCUGCACUUAGGCCUAUUGGUAAGAGCACAUGUGCCAUAAAGAUCCAGAGCUCUUGAAUGUCCAGGCCUCUUGAUAGGGCCGUAUUGCCCUUAUGCAGGGAGGCAACAGUACACUCACCAGUGUGAAGUGGCCAGGGAAAGGAACCUCGAUGGCUCUGUGAUAAUUCUAUAAGUAGAAAUAUGAAGUAAAAAAAAAAAAUCCAUAUAUUUCCCUCUCAUCUCCCUCAUGAUGGAAUUAUUAAAAUGACACGCACACAUCACACGCUGUCACCCGGCGGGGCAGCCACGCAGCGCAAACCUUCAUUUCUCAUUUUCUCUCCUUGGUCCCCCUUUCUCCCAGGCAAUCUGUCUUCCUGACGGGCGCGGUCCCCCCGCUAAGUGCCCACGGGCGCGACAGACAGCCGCCGGUGACUGGAGCACUCUGGGGUUGUCACGCGCUGAUGGCGAAGUUUCCCCCGCUACACCGGGAGCGAGUGGAUUCAUCUUCAUCUGCCUCUCAGUGA